AUGUGGCCGAAAUCAGAUUCCGUAUCAAGAUGCUUCUCGGCUCUGCUUCUGGCAAGCUCCCUGUCCAGCUCGCCAGGAGGGCUCGGGGUAGCCGGCACGAAGCACGUCAUGAUCCCGUCGACGAGCUUUGAGUCGCAGGCCAACUUCGACGCUGACUGGAACUACAACUACCCGUGGGGCACCGACCACAACGGCGCCGCGCGCAUGGCCAAGGGGCAGGUGGCGCUGUCGGGGGGCGCCGGGGCGGGGACGGUGACGCUGACGGCGCGCAAGGUGACGGGCGAGAAGCCGGCGACGCACGGCGGCAAGCAGAUCACCAUCAAGUACCUGUCGGGCGCCGUGCACGCCAAGGAGCACUUCAACGUGUCGCGCGGCGGCGGAUAUGACUUCGCGGGCGAGUUCCGGGCCACGACGGCGCGCGGCACGUGGCCGGCCUUUUGGCUCACCGCCGUCAACGGCUGGCCGCCCGAGGUCGACAUGGCCGAGUGGAAGGGGAGCGGGAAGAUAUCGUUCAAUACGUUCAAUACAUCGUCCUCGGUGCGGGCGCGCGACGUGGCUUAUUCGGAAGCUGCAAGCUUUCACAAGAUCCUGUGCGAGAUUCGCGACGAGAACGGCCGCGAUGUGUCUGCCAAGUUCUACAUGGACGACAAGCUCAUCGACACGCAGUAUGGGAAGGGCUACGUGGGACAGCCCCUUUAUCUGUGA